AGUCAGUCGGCGCUCGAGCGGCCGAUCGGCUCCGUCCGCCCGCUCGCGGCGCGGCCCUUUAAACCUCCGCACACGCAGCUCCUCCUCUCAGGACGCAGCGGCGGCGGCGCCGCACAUGGUGGUGUUGUUGCUGCUGCUAUUGCCGCCCCCGCCCCCCCGCACUCGGCCCAGUCUCCGCCCCAGCCCAGAGUUCGUGCCGAGGAAGCGCCGAGGUAACGGCGGCGAGGGGCCGAAGAUGGCCGCGGCGCCCAGGAAUCCACGUAGCAACGUUAAGAAGGGUCGGAUCCUGGGCAUCAUUGACGCCAUCCAGGACGCGGUGGGGCCGCCGAAGCAGGCGGCAGACAAGCGAAUGGUGGAGAAGACGUGGAAGCUGAUGGACAAGGUGGUGCGGCUGUGCCAGAACUCCAAGCUGCAGCUGAAGAACAGCCCGCCGUACAUCCUCGACAUCCUGCCGGACACCUACCAGCACCUCCGCCUCGUCCUCUCCAAGUACGAGGACCGCAUGCACGUCCUGAGCGAGAACGAGUACUUCAAGAUCUACAUCGACAGCCUGAUGAAGAAGUCCAAGCGCGCCAUCCGCCUCUUCAAGGAGGGCAAGGAGAGGAUGUAUGAGGAGCAGUCCCAGGAUAGGAGAAAUCUUACAAAGCUCUCGCUCAUCUUUAGCCACAUGCUUGCAGAAAUCAAAGCCAUCUUCCCUUCUGGCCAUUUUCAAGGCGACAACUUUCGCAUCACAAAAGCAGAUGCUGCCGAAUUUUGGAAACGUGCUUUUGAUGACAAGACUAUUGUACCCUGGAAAGUCUUUAGACAAUGCCUUCACGAAGUUCAUUCCAUUAGCUCAGGUCUGGAAGCCAUGGCUCUGAAGUCUACCAUUGAUUUGACCUGCAAUGAUUACAUUUCAAUCUUUGAAUUUGAUAUAUUUACCAGGUUAUUUCAGCCUUGGACCUCUAUUUUAAGGAAUUGGAAUUUCUUGGCUGUAACGCACCCUGGCUACAUGGCUUUUCUAACAUACGAUGAAGUGAAAGCUCGGCUCCAAAAAUAUAUCAACAAACCUGGCAGCUACAUCUUCAGGCUCAGUUGUACCCGACUUGGCCAGUGGGCUAUUGGCUACGUUACAAAUGAUGGGAACAUCCUGCAGACCAUUCCACACAACAAGCCCCUCUUUCAAGCCUUAAUAGACGGAUGCCGAGAAGGAUUUUAUUUAUACCCAGAUGGACGGAGUUACAAUCCAGAUCUGACUGGAUUAUGUGAACCAACACCUCAUGAUCACAUAAAAGUUACGCAGGAACAAUAUGAGCUGUACUGCGAGAUGGGCUCCACUUUCCAGUUGUGUAAGAUCUGCGCUGAGAACGAUAAAGAUGUGAAGAUUGAACCGUGUGGUCACUUAAUGUGCACGUCUUGUCUGACAGCAUGGCAGGAAUCAGAUGGUCAGGGGUGCCCAUUCUGCCGCUGUGAGAUCAAAGGUACAGAGCCAAUUAUUGUUGAUCCCUUUGACCCCAGAGAUGAUGGAGCCAAAUGUUGCCUGGACAGUUUUAGCAUGCCGAUGCUGGACCUGGACGAUGACGACGAUCGCGACGACUCGCUGAUAAUGAACAGGCUGGAAUCAUUUGUCAAGUGUACAGAAAGGCAAAUCUCUCCAGUGUCUUCACCAAACUCAUCGCCUAUUGCACAACGCCGAAAGGCUGCUCCAGAUCUGCUGCAGAUUCAGCACCUCAAUCUACCCCCCGUGCCACCUCGGCUGGACCUCAUUCAGAAAGGAGUGGUCCGAUCACCGUGUGCCAGCCCCACUGGGUCACCAAAGUCUUCUCCAUGCAUGGCUCGAAAGCAGGACAAGCCUCUGCCAGCACCACCACCACCCCUCAGAGAACCCCCUCUUCCACCUGAGCGACCACCUCCCAUCCCACCAGAGAGCAGAGGACCACGUUCACUACAUCUCGCUGAUGUUGCUCCUCCAUGGGACCAGCACACCAUGCACGAAGCGUGGUGUCCCAGGGACGCCCAUGGUUCCAGCACGUCUGCAGACUGCAGGUCUGGAUGUGACCGAUCUCCAAAAUCUGGCCACACACCACCUGUUAAUUUGAACACCAGAUCCAGCUGGCUACUCCCCGAGCCAAGUUUCCCACGCAAACCUGGCAGGCGGCAAGAUGUAACAUACGAUAGCACAAAGGCAAUCACUAACGGACUUCUGCGUACUGACGAAUAUGACGUCCCACCCCCUCGGCAGUCUCCGCCUCCACCAACACUGGCAGCGUUUCCCAACAGCACAAAAUAUCCCCAUUCGUUCACAAGUUUACAGACUGCCUCUGAAAAAGCAAGAGUGUUUAGUGAGGACAGUGAAGAUGAAUACAAGAUUCCUUCCUCGUACCCUUUGUCCAUAUCUACACAACCCCCUCACUUGCAGACUGUGAAACCUCGCAUAUCAAGGGUGUUUGAAAAUGGACAAUGUGCCAAUGGAACUCACAAUAGCACGUCUGAAGCAAAGAAGCCCAAAGCAUUGGAAAUAGACGAUAUCUUUGAGAUGCCAGUGGUCCCAGCUCCCUUACCGCCAGCACGGCUCCCAGCAAGAGACAACCAGAAACUGAGUUGUUCCUCUCUGAACAGAACGCCUUCUGAUUACGACCUUCUGGUCCCUCCACCAGUGAGUGACAGUGCAUUUGACAACCCACCUCCAUCGCUGCCUCCACCCCCACCUCCUGUGCGGGUCAGCCUCCCAGAUGUGCCCAGGUCAUCCGGCUCGGGCAGCCAACCCACAUCUGGACUCGACUCCUUCCACUUCAGCGCAGGGGACUCUGUCUUUGACUCUGCGACUGUUCCUGUACCUGCCCCUCCCGCUAGGCGGACACUCGAAGAAAGUCAGAAAUCGAACGUAAUGUCGCAAGACUACGACCAGCUCCCACCUAUGAUGGACACUUCACAAGCUCCAGCCAGACCACCCAAACCACUGCCUCGGAGAACUGCCCCCGACGGUUACCAAAAGAAAAGUCAGCUUCAGGAACCAGCCCCUGUGCAGAGCAGCCAAGCUGGAGAAAACGUGGAUGCAAAGAUUGCAAAACUCAUGGGCGAAGGCUACUCCUUUGAGGAUGUAAAGCGAGCUCUUUUGAUAGCUAACAACAAAGUAGAGAUGGCACGAAGUAUUUUAAGAGAAUUUGCCUGCUAUCCUCCUAUUUCUCCGCGUCUCAAUCCAUAGCAGUGAGCUGUGUGUGUAUGUGUGUGUAUGGGUGCAAAUCCCAAAGGAUAGGUUUCUGAGGAGCACAGAGUUCUAAAGGAACGGUUAACAAACAGAACAAUUGUGAAGCAGCUGUCUGGAGUCUACCUCUGUGGGUUUCCUGGGAAGGUUUAAAAGAUAGAGUGACACCGAUGUAUUUUUGUUAGCCAUAAUGUUAAGAUUCAGGGUUCAACUGAGAAGAAGAGAGUUUACUGUUUCACUCCUGUGAAUUGCUUGAGAUCUCUGCUGCUGCUUACCAUUAUCAAAAGAGUUUUACCAAUCAUCUGAACUUUCUUGUUGGAGUGGGAAUUUCAGCCUUGUUGGCGGAAGUACUUAUUGUAUCUGGAAUCUGGGAACCAGGCAUUUCUGCUUCAGCAUUCCUUUUUUUGUUAUCUGCACUGAUGGGGACACUGCCGUCUGACCUAUUCCUUCCUCCAGCCCCUUGUUCCAUCUAAAACACAGACUAAAUCAAGAGGCUUUGAUUUACUGCAUUACCGUCUGUCCAGCAGGUGCAAAAAGCAUGUGGCCUUCACUACUGAGUCUUUUCUGAGAUAAAGUGAAAUGUCUUUAUUAAAAAAACUAAUUUCUGAAUGUAGAGUACAUAUAUUUGUAUAUGUAUUGCCAGUUGAGGUAAUUUUUGACAGUAGCCUUUGCAAUUUCCCCUUGUGCACAGCCGUUACUGCAUAUAUUAUAUCUUGUUUCCCUUCUUAAGCCAAUUCACCUGUAUUCUGAUAGAACAAAACUUAUUUUGAGGUUUCUGGUUAAUGCAACAAAAAAUGUUGACCUAUUUUUGUGAAUUGUGACAUCAUUAAUGGAAUCAAUUUCAAAGUAAAAAUUGUCUUUUUAUAUUUUUAAAUCAUUUAUAAUGCUGGAUAUAGAGAAGCAAUAGCAUCAGAGGCAAUGCGCAAGAUCUGUGGACCUUGGGAGUGCCUGCUGAAUGUAACACUCUGCCUGCAUUCAGUUUUGUGGAACUGUGGAGAGGAGGCAGUGUCUUGACGUGUCUUGCCCAGUGGGACGAAUGCACUUGGCAUCACCACCCGCUUGUUGGGGAAAUAUUUGAGUGCGGUCAUUUUUCCAAUUCUGACAUCAUUGUAACUUAGAAUUGAUAAUGGAGAACUAUUCAGAUUACACCUUGCACAGCUGAAAUGAUCAGUGACCACCUUAGUUUAAGAGCUGUAACGGAUAAUGGAAGAUUUUGUUCCUGUUGAUGCCUUUCUCCAGGCAAUGAUAAAUAACCUCCACCCUGCCUCGUCAUUUCUACUCGAUCUUGGGGCCAAUUGUUUGCCAUUGUAUAAAUAAACGACGACCCUUCUGUAAGUUCAAGUCCAUGAACAUUGCAGGUGAUUGCUUUUGAUUUAAUGGUUAAGUGCUCAAUAGCCAUUGAAACUUUUUGUCAACUACUCCUUAAUAGGAGCUGUUCCAAUUUUAAGAUGCCUUGUUGUAAACUCGCUUGGAGGUUAGCUGGACAGAUUAAUACUUCCUGUGGAGAUAUUUUAGGUUAUUAAAUGAGUGCAUUUGUCCUAAAUUGUAGCGUGUCUAUAACUUCAGUGGCUCAUUCUCAGUGGCGUCAGAGGGAUAUCGUGGCUGCUGUACUCAAAUUAUGUCAUGGAGUAAUAAUGCCCCCUACUGGAAUACUAACAAUAUUAUUGAUAGUAAUCUUCAACAAAAGAACCCGUCAUGAGGGAAUAAUGCACUGUGUUUGUAUUUUAAAUGUAUUUAUGGAUCCAGUAGUGCUUCUGACUCUUCAUAACUUCCCCUGUGUUCAAUGCAGUCGAUUAUGGCGAAUUGUGUAAGUUGGACAAGUCACUUUAGUCGCCCACUAUAGAUCUCCAGCAGGGAUUUAUUUCCAUUUGAUCUUGGUAUUGUAUGAUAUCAUCCAAGGAGGAUCCCAGUGACCAUGGCCAAUCAAAGCCCCACCCGCCUGUCACUGGGGUACAGAUUGUAUGUUUGCCCUCCCUCAGCACAUCCUCAUCAUUCUUGCCAAUGUAGUGGGGAAUUGCUGCUUUUCAUUAAAAGUUACUUCAUGGUAAGUCAUUCAAAUAUAUAUUUUUAAUAUGCGCAUCAGCAAUAGUAUCAGCAUUAUAUUAAGUUGUAUUUAAAACUAUUUUCUGACACAAAAGCAGAUAAUUUAUAAUGAUGAUGGAUGGCAUCGAAGUACUGCCUUAGACAUCUGUUGAGCUGAGGACUUUUAGUGGUUACUUGAAGCUUACCAUUUGAAUCUAAAGUGAAGCCGUCAGCGAUACCGAGGAGAUUAAUUUUGUAAUCAAGUUCAGAGAGGCACUUGCCUGAAUGAUUUACCUUGCUUAAAUAAAUGUGAAUGACGUACUUUGCCAGGCACAUCCAUCAGAGAUUUCUGAUAUUCAGGUUUUUGUUCAUUCUCAACUUUUCCCUUUGCACUGGUCAGCUUGUUGGUUUCCUUAUUUACUUUCCUUACCCCUUUUGAGUGUGAACGUUUGAAACUAAAUAGCUAUAAUUUGCUUUAAUGGCAAAAUAAGAGGUUUCACUUUUGAAGCACGGGACACAAGACUUGUAAAACACAAAGUGCUGGAGGAACUGUGGGUCAGGCAGCAUCCAUUUCCCUCCACAGAUGCUGCCUGGCCCACUGAGUUCUUCCAGCACUUUGUGUUUUGUUCCAUGUUCCAGCAUCUGCAGUUCCAUGGUCUCACUAGAGCUGUAUGUUGUUGACAGACUGGAUUUUCCACACAACCCUGAAUCGUCUAAUACUCUGGAUGUCUUUUUAGUGCCUUAAUUUUGAUUUGGUCUUUGGAGGGAAUCUUGUGUAUCCCCUAAAAUAGAUGCAUUCUGUGACUAACGUGCAGUUCUAGUUGUGGUGGGUUGUAGGCACCAGCUGGUCUGCAGAGCAAAGUCGUUUGUGUCACAAGCCUGGAGAAUGAUGACAAUGGCACCUCGUCCCUCUGUACAGGACCACAGUUGGUUCACUUUGGUCAAACGUGCUCAAAGUGUAAACACUUUUUAAAUGGUGAAAGAGUCUUCAGCGGAACAUGUGUAGGAAAGAAAGAACUCCUUCAAAGUAGACACACCUUGAGGAGCUUUUGCAGUGGGGUCUCGAUCCAAAACGUCACCCAUUCCUUCUCUCCAGAGAUGCUGCCUGUCCCGCUGAGUUACUCCAGCAUUUUGUGUCUACCUUCAGCGGAACAUAUUGUGGUGUGGCUAUAUCAACAUUGAUCUGUGCUCAUGGACUGAAGGGACACACCUACUCUCCCUGAAAUGAUGCAGUGCGCUACCCAGUAUUGCCUCCAGGUGGAAGCUUCUUCAUUCUGCUCAAGUUCAGUGCAAGUCACCGGCCACCUUUUCUCUGAACACUGGGACUUGUUAAAGUGGCAGUAGUUUCUUAGAUUUAUUUUCAUUUUAACUCAAUGUUCUGUUGGAAAGAAUGCCUUUCUAUUUGUCUAAUGUGGCAAACUAGUGUGUGCAAUUAAUUUAUAUUUUAUUCAACAUCCUUUUUAUUUUUUUCAAUUUUAAGUAUUCAGCAAUCUUUUAAAUACUUUAUCUGUUCUUGUAAAAUAUUUUAUAAAAUCAGUAUUAACAAAUAAAUUGUGUCCAUUUCUUA